AUGCCUAUUACCUCGUUAUCGCGAGCUGCGGGGGUCGCUGCUCGCAUAGAGCGUUGGCGUCAGGAGGUGGCUUCCGCAGUCCCUCUGGUCGUCCUCGAAGAUUUGCCUUGGGUAGGAACAGCCGCUCCGCCUCCUGUUCCUUCUGUGGAAUCGGAGUUCGCGCCUGAAUCCGUGGGCGAGAUUCACGAGUCAGCCGCCAUGGGAUCUGAGUUCGCACGUGAAUUCGACGACGAGAUCAACAAGGUGAACGAGGUGAACGCGAGUAACGAGCAAGCAGCAGCGUACCUCGCCGGUGUCAACGAGGAAAUCGAUCACGCCGCCCGUCAUCCCCGCUCUUGUCGGUCCCCCGACAUCUGGGACGUUUACGACCUCAGCCCUCCCUCCUCAAGUCGCUCCACCUAUUCCUACCGUCCUCCAUCGCCAACCCUCAGCUGGGAGGUCGAGCGUGCGCUCUCUUGCGAGGGCGAUGCAUACAGGCAAGCGGCGGCUGAGCACGACGUCGCUGAGGCGACAAUUUACCAAGCUGGAAUCGACGAGAGUGUUGAGAACGCGGUGCUGACGUGGGAUCCAUCGCAGAUGGAUAAGAAAAUGUAA